AUGGAAAUAGCUAGGCUCCGCAAACAUAAAAUCAUGGAUAUCCUGGUGAUGCAGUACCGUGGAUAUGAUGAAGUUGGAUGUACCACAAGGGACAUUUAUAAUUUCUGCCAUCUCUAUAAGCAGGAAACAGUCACUGCCGGUGAUGCCCAAGCGGUGAUCUGUCACAUGAUGGCGCGCCAGGAGAGAGAUCCAAAUUUUUUCUUCAACUACUUGGUCGAUGGAGAGGGGCAUCUCAAGGGAUUGUUUUGGGCCGAUAGUCAAUCCAGGCUUGACUACGAGGUUUUUGGCAAUGUUGUUGUUUUUGAUAGCACGUACAGGACCAAUAAGUACAACCUGCCCUUUGUGCCGUUUGUUGGACUGAAUCACCACCACAGCACUGUUGUUUUUGGAUGUGGUAUUAUUUCUCAUGAAACAAGCGAGUCCUACAAGUGGAUGCUACGGACCUUUUCUACUGCCAUGGCCCAGAAGCACCCGAUAUCUGUGAUCACCAACGGGGACCUGGCAAUGCAGAGAGUGAUAAGGGUGGUCUGGCCUGACACGAUUCAUAGGUUAUGGAGUACAAAUGCUGCAAGUAACUGUACCAUGAUUGAGAUACUAGAUGCAGAUAAUUUGAUUACGUAUGUUGUGGCUAAGAAGGAUAGAAGAGAGAAGAAGUUCCAAGUGGAUUGUGAGGUGAAAGAAGGAAUAUUACAAGAAGAACGACUUCCCAAGUGUUGUGUUCCAACCAGGUGGACGAUGAGUGCAAAAGCUGCAUUUCCUAAGACAAGAAAAAACAACCUGUAUGAUUAUUCGGCAAGGAAAACUGAAUCUUCGUUGCAAAGACUGCGCCAAGGUGCACAAAGACAAGUAGGAGCUAGUACUGAUGCCUCUGGUAACGUAAUAUCUGACACUGACAAGAUCUGCAUGCAGCUAUUUCUUGAUAUUUAG